AUGGUCGAGUCUAACCCUACUGUACCCCUUCGAAGCAUUCAAGACCAAGUUCAGAAAAGGCUUCAAGUUGGUGUGUCCAUACACAAAGUACAAAGGGCAAAAGCAACAGCUACAAAGCAAGUGACCGGUGACUACACAAAGCAAUAUGAGGUGUUAAGAGAUUAUCUUAUGGAACUACAAGCAACUAAUGUGGAUACAACUGUGAAGCUUGAGGUUGUUAAUGAGCCUAACAGUGCUAGAGAAACAAGGCAGUUUAAAAGUAGACCUGGCAGAGCAGGAUCAUAUAUAUUGCUCAACAAUUUGUGUGAGGUUUUCAACAGUAAGCUUAUUCAUGGUAUGAAUAAGCCCAUCAUAAGUUGUCUUGAGUACAUCAGGCAGUACCUUAUGAAGAGGAUCUACAAUGUGAAGAAAGUGAUGUCUAAAGCUCUAGGUCCACUCACUCCAACAACAUCAAUGUUACUUGAGAGAAAUAAGGAAGCUUCAGUCCAAUAUAGGGCUAGAUGGAAUGGGACUGCAAAAAGGUGGAAGUUGAAUGGGAUUCCAUGUAGGCAUGCCAUAGCUACCAUACAUGAAAUGGAUGAUAGUGGAGAUAAAGUUGGGGAGCUUUACACUUAUGUCAACAAAGUGUAUUGGCUUCAAACUUGGAAUGAGGCUUACUCUUACACUGUGGAACCUAUAAAGGGUAGAGCCAUGUGGCCGAAAAGUACCUGUCGAUUUCAAUUAACACCACCACCACAUCACAUUCAACCUGGAAGACCAAAGACCAAGAGAAAGAGGAGUGCAUAUGAAAAAUAUGAUAGUCAGAUGCAUAAACAUGGUGGAAGUGAACCUGAAAAACUCACCAGAAAGUUUGUUAGUGUCAAGUGUGGGAAAUGCAAUAAUAGGGGUCAUAACUCCAGGACUUGCAAGGGUGAAGGAGGGAAUGCAGGAAGCAAGUAG